CGGCAGCGGGCCCGGGGAGUCCGAACGGAGGACCAGGGAUCCGGGGGCAGCCUGGGGCCGGCUGGACUGCAGCCGCCGCCUCGUGCCUCCUCCCCUGGGCCCGUCGGCCGGCCGGGGCCGCGGCGGCUCCCUCAGCGAGGGCUCCCUCCUCAGGGAGCUAGCCUCACCGGGGACGGACAGACAGACCCACUCCCGACUGCGACAGAAUCCCUGCCCGCCCCAGCCUCCCGAGGGAGCGCGCCCUGACCGCAUGACCGAGGGGCUCCCGGUCCCCUCCCCGGCAGGCCUCGCAGGAAUCUCCAGCCUCACCAUGGACCCAGAGUGCUCCCAACUCCUCCCGGCGCUCUGUGCCGUUCUGGCAGACCCCAGGCAGCCCAUGGCAGAUGACACCUGUUUGGAGAAGCUGCUGGACUGGUUUAAAACAAUAACUGAAGCUGGGUCCAGUCUCCUGUUGUUACAGGGGAACCCCUGCCUGGUGGAGCUGCUGUGCCACAUGCUGAAACCCCAGGACCUGAGUUCCAGAGUCCUCGCCUUCUCACUUCGCCUCACGGGGGUACUGGCAGCCCAGGAAGAUUGCUUCCAGUAUCUUCAGCAGGGGGAGUUGCUGCCCAAGCUCUUUGGGGAGGCGGGACCCCUAGGAGGAGCCGCCUGGACCUCCCCCACCGUGCGCAGCGGCUGGAUCCAGGGUCUGCGCUCCCUGGCGCAGCACCCCAGUGCCCUGCACUUCCUGGCCGACUGUGGUGCCGUUGACACCAUCUUCUCCCUGCAGGAAGAUUCCAGCCUGUUUGUGGCCUCGGCAGCCGGGCAGCUCCUGGUGCACAUCCUGGGCUUGUCUAUGCCAGGCCCAGCCGGGGGGCCCCCCAGCCUGCAGGCUGGUGAUUGGCCAGCGUGUGCUCAGAAGAUCGUGGGUCACAUCGAAGAGUCCCUGCGCGCCACAGCUACCCCACAGAUCACACAGGCUCUAAACGUCCUGACCACCACAUUCGGGCACUGCCACGACCCUUGGACGCAAGUUCUGUGGGUGCGGCUGAGUCCGCUCGUGGCCGGUCUGCUGGAGAAAGACCCCGUCCCGGCUGCACACUCGCUGGUGGAUCUUCUCCUCAGUGUGGCCCGCUCUCCUGGGCUGAGUUCUUCCAGCUGCGGCCUAUGGGAGACUCUGGCUCAAACUCUGAGCCAUCUGAGCCCCACCCAAGCAGGGCCGUUGGCGUUAGGGAUCCUGAAACUGCAGGACUGUCCACAGGCACUGAGGGCCCAGGCCUUUGCUGUCCUCCUCCAGCCUCUGGCCUGUGUCCUUAAAGCCACGGCUCAGGACCCCGGACCCUCUGGCGUGCUGGACGGUAUCGUGGGUGACUCCAUGACGGCGGACAUGCUCCUCCCCUCUAAGGCGGCCUGUGUGGGGCUCCUGUGCCGGACCCUGGCCCACCUGGAGCUGCUGCUGCCCCUGCCCCAGCGCCCCUGCCCCUGGCCUCAGGCGCCCCUGCUGGGGGCCGCGGUGACCCUCCUGCAGCUGUGCGGGGGCUCAGCAAGGCCCACCUCUGAUGCGGGGCGCCACCUCUGUGCACUCCUGCUGGGGUGCGUGCGGGUCCAGCGGGCGGCCCUCGAUUUCCUGGGGACGCUGUCGGAGGGGACAGGCCCCCGAGAGCUGGUGACGCAGGUGUUCGCUGUCCUUCUGGAAUAUCUCAGGAGCCCAGACUCCAGCCCCACGGUUCUGAAGAAGGCCUUCCAGGCCACAUUCAGGUGGCUCCUGAGCUCACCCAAGACCCCUGGCUGCUGGGAUCUGGAUCCCCAUGCCCUGCUGUUCCUGAGAGACCUGCUCCCUGUGCUGCAGAAGCGUCUGUGCAGCCCCUGCUGGGAGGUGAGGGACUCCGGCCUCGAGUUUCUGACCCAGAUGACCAGACACUGGGGAGGGCAGGCCGGCUUCAGACACGCGCUCCUCGCCUCGGAGGUACCCAAGCUCACCGAGCAGCUCCUACGAGAUCCUGAGAGUUACGUCCGUGCCAGCGCAGUAACUGCCAUGGGGCAGCUCUCCAGCCAGGGGUUGUGUGUCCCCCCCGCCGGCCCCGAGCACCCAGGGGGCCAGCAGAAGAGCCUGCUCGCGGAGCUGCUGCACAUCCUCUCCACAGACUCAGAGGGAUUCCCGCGGAGGGCCGUCAUGCAGGUCUUCACCCAGUGGCUCAGGGACAGCCACGCUGACGUGGCAGGGGACACGGAACAGUUUGUGGCUGGGGUGCUCCAGGUAGCCAGCCAGGAUCUGGACUGGGAGGUCCGGGCUCAGGGCCUGGAGCUGGCGCUGGUGUUCCUGGAGCAGACGCUGGGCCAGCCCCGCUCCCACUGUCCCUGUGCUGUGACCCCGGCCGUGGCGGCCCCCAUCGGCCCGCUGGCCCAGGCCCUGCAGCCGCUCUGCCGAGUGCGGCUCUUUGAGUUCGCCUUUCGUGCCUUGUUUGACUGUGACCGACCCGUGGCUCAGAAGUCCUGUGAUCUUCUCCUCUUCCUGAGGGCCAAGACGGCUUCCUCCGGCAGCCUGCAGGAGUCCCGGAGCAGCCCCCAUGUGGCCUCCGUGGAGGCCGCCCUGCAGAGGUGGCAGGCGGGCGAUCAGGCCCAGCCCCUGGGGGACCUGGAGCCCGAGGUCGUGCUGGCCGUGCUGAGGUCUCUGGACCUGGAGGGCCUUCAGGGGGCUCUGGCCGAGAGCAGCGACCAUGUGGAGAAGAGCCCUCAGUCGCUCCUGCAGGACAUGCUGGCCACGGUGGGCGUCCUGGGGGGGAAUGAGGCCGACUGCUACUGAGGCGGCCCACUGGCGACAUGCCCGGGCUCCCCCUCCCCUGUGCCACGUCCCUGCCUUGGGACCCUGUUGUCCUGAGAGCUCUGGCCAGCCGGGCAGCACGAGGGACCUUUUGGGGAGACCGGGACCAGGUGGGACCAACCAGGUUGACGAGUCCGUCUUGUUGUAAGAAGAAAGAAGUGGCUUAUUUUUUACUCAAAAUAAAUGGCGUUUGGCAGUGCCGCUGGGUUAA